CAGAGUGAGCUUCGGUUCGGCAGUCUACAGCUUCGGAAUCUUCUCUCUGUCGACGAUGACUACGUUGGAUUUCAGAAUUUUAAAGAUAUGCAAAUUUGGUCGGGAUGUGCUGAAGUCGUCAUGCCAUUAGCAUGAAUAAUUGUGGUGAUUUGGCUGGGCGAACAACAGCGUAAUUGGAAGUAGAGAAUUGUUUUAACUUAAUACCGCGCAGGGAAUGGAUUAAACAAUCACGUCUCCGUUUUUGAACUAACAACGUGGAUUCAUUCUUCAAUUUUGCAGCGUGAGUUAAGUAUCAAAUCCAAGGAAACAUUGUUUUUGAGAAAGAAAUUUUACGGUUUUGUCGACAUUUCGUUGCUACAGUGAAACCUAUACGCUGUUGCGGGUCUGGUUGCCUGGUUUCAUAUUUAGCGUCGCCGACCCUGUCAAUCCGCGUUAAGCUACUCUUCGAAAACGUGUCUCUAUCUCCACUUGCUUUUAUUGUCAUCAACUUGUCGUGGAUCUAAACAGCAAGGAUUCCAAGAUAACAAAUUAAUCGCUGAAGCGAAAGGCGUUCUCAAAACGGAAAACUUUAUGGAAAGUUUGUUAUAACUUUGGCACCCUGGUUUAGAUGUUUGUGCUAUUAAUGGAUGGCUUAAUCGAGAGAAGGAUCAGUUUUUGAUAAACAAACGACUUUGUGGUGGAAAGAAAACAUCAAGGAAAAUUCUCGAGUUUUUUUUCAAGCUUCAAAUUUGAGCUGAUACUUCUGUUGUCAUCAUGAGAACGAACGAAAAAUGGCCCGAAGCUUUCGGUUUUACCGUCGGCGGACGAGCUCCUGUUGUCAUCCUGUCUGUUGACGAAAAUUCAGUCGCUCAAAGAGCGGGACUUCAACCCGGCGAUCAAAUACUCGAAGUCAAUGGGGAAAACGUUCAAGGAUUAAGCAAGGAAGAAAUAAUUCUAUUGGCAAAACGAUCGCGAACUGUCCCUCCAGCGCUCGCUGUAAUUUCACGAAUUCGAACGUUUGAUCUGCGUCGGAGAAGAGGACGGUUUGGUUUUGCAGUUCGCGGAAAGGGUCCUGUCUUCAUUGCGGAUGUAGAGCAGGGAAGCCCGGCUCAGAACGUUGGCAUUCGUCGUGGAGAUCUAAUUCUCCGUUUAAACGGUGUUAACCUCAGACAUAUGAACGAGAAUCAAGUUGGAGAAAUGAUAGAUACUUGUGGACCUACAAUUUCUAUAGUCCUCAUUGCCGGAGCUGCAGAUAUCGGAAUUACAGAUAAAAAAGAAGGAAAGAGUUCGUCUUCGCGAUACAAGAGAGCUAAAGAUUUCUUUGUGCAGAUGAAUUAUUACUUAGCUGGCAAUGAAAGCAUUAAGAAGGAGCUUGUCAAGGCCCUCAAUCAAUAUGCACGAGACAGAUCUGUUGAGCAACUGGCACAGAAUCUCAAAAGAAUACUUAAAACUCCAGUGGAAAGAAAACUGCUGCGAGAUAUCAGGAGUUUCAUCCCCAAACGGGAAAAGCCACUGUUUGACAUCUUGGUUGGAAUGAAUGGUGAAAUAACGCAUUCCGAGAAACAAUCUGUUGAUGAAGACCUCCUCCCAGAUUUCUCCAGCGGCACUGACUUAGAGUUUCCAGAAUAUAAUAGCAGUAACACUCCUGCUCUUGGCAGGUUUGGAACAUGGUCAGUCGGAACAACUCACGCCAAUCAGUUCAGGGAGAAUUUAGCAAGACGGCAAGCAAGAGAGAAUAUGGCUGCUCCACCAAGGACUGUAAGAAUAAUAAGAGAGGGACCUGGGUCAGGGUUUGGAUUUACACUCAGUGGGGAUUCUCCUGUGUUUGUUAAAUCUGUUGACAGAGGAGGAGCAGCUUCUCAGGCUGGGAUUAAAGGUGGUGACCAUAUACUUGAGAUAAAUGGACUAAAUGUCAGAGGAAAGUCACAUCAACAUGUAGUGCAGCUGUUAAAAGGAAGUGGUUCAAAACCAAGCUUGUUAAUUCAAUGGCGCCCCAUGAGUGCAUUAAAGCAUCAGUCGUCUCUCUCAUCCCUGCCGUCAUCCAGCAAGUCUUCACAGCUUUCUGUGACAUUUGAAAAUGAGAGACCUGCAACUGUGUCAAGGUGUUCUUCAAGAGCAUCCAAGGCUUUCUUCCUCAGAGAUGAUCUCUUCAUAAAUGGAACUGGGUAUAACAGAAGUGACUUGCAAACACUUUCCCGCCAGUUCAAAAUACAGAUGAGUCGUUUACUUACCCGUGGAGAGCAACUUGUUGUAAAACAGAGCCUUGAUCAGUACAGUAGAGACAGAAAUGUACAGAGACUAAUCAAUGCACUGGAACCUGUCCUUGAUGAUGGAGCUAAACUGCAGAUGUUACAUUACCUAAGUGAACUUCUACCGGAGGCUGAACAACAAGCAUUUGACAGAGCUGCAGCAAGAAUGAUCUCCAGGAAGAUGGACACUGGUGUUGUACCGAGUCUGAACACUAACAAUGAUGAAGUUGUGGAUGUACUGUACAGAGUGCAAGCAAGACGGCUUGUAGACGCACCAAGAGCUCGUACAACAACGCCAGGAGCAGUUCGAUCAGAGGCGCCGUAUGGUGAAUGGCCUUCAUCUGGUGCAGUCAGAGGCCGACAUAGCCCAGGAUUUGGCUAUGGGUCAGAUUUGGAUACUGUGCCUGUGAGGGAUGUUAGAUCCAGAAAUGGCACUCCUGAUUCCGGAUGGGGUGAUGAUGACGACGAGGAACUGGAUCUCGGAGGACUUGAGGAGUUAGCCGACGCGCUAUUGGCAGAUGAAAUAAGGAAGUCGAGUGUAACCAGCCUGACGACGCAAGCACAGGUCCACGCUCCUUUCACUGGCACCUCACCCGAACCAGGAGCCCCAGGAAACCGUGGGCAGGGAAUUGUUACCUCAACCCCGCUUUCAGCGUCUUCAGGUGGUAGUGGAGACAGUGGUAUUGUUGUUGGAGCAGGAGAAACGUCUGGAGAAGCUGUGGAGAAAAUCCAACAUCAACUGGCGAUUACUACACAGGAAUUAAUGGAGACAAAAGAGGCGCUUGAUGAAAGCGAGAAGAAGAGGAAAGAACUAGAAGAGCUUGGAGAUCCCGGUAGUAGACCCAGCUCUCCCAACGCUGUAGAGAAUCCCCUAGAUGCUGCGGUUAAAGCUCGGCGGAAAGACCAAGAUGGGAAAGAAACAGAAGGAACCCAAGAUGUCGCAAGUACAAGCGCCGCUCCUCCUCCACCUCCUCCCCCCAUGGGAGCACCACCACCUCCACCGCCACCGCCUCCUCCCCCACCGUCUGUCCCUCCUCCUCCCCCUGUUGGGGGUGCUGGAAACGUUCUUGCACCAAUGCAAUUGAAGAGAGUGAACUGGGAGAAACUGAGUAUCGCUGGUUUAGAAGACACUGUUUGGGCUAAGCUGGGACAAAACGAGCCGUCAGAAGAAGUCAUCGAGUUCAUUCAACUCGAGCAAAGUUUCAGUGCCAUACAGAAAGUAUCAAGUAAAGAGGAGAAAAAGCCUGCGAAACCACAAGUAAUGAAUCCGAAGAAAACCUACAACAUAGCAAUUUUGUUGGGUCACUUGAAAAUGCCAUUUGAAGAUAUAAAACAAGCACUCCUGUCGAUGGACGAUGAGAAGUUCAGCGAGGCUCAUUUGAAACAGCUUCUCCUCUAUGCACCGGACAGCAAAGAGCUCCAGAAGUUUAAAUACUUCGCGGACGAUGUUUCCAAGUUGGACAAAGCAGACAGGUUUUGUUACGAGAUGAGUAAGGUGCCUUGGUACAAACAACGACUGAAAGCUUUGCUCUUCAAGGCUCGUUUUGCUGACAAAGUGGAAGAAAUUAAACCGGACUUAGAGUCUGUUCUUGAUGCAUCUGGAGAACUUAGAAAUAGUACAAAGCUAAAGAGGAUCCUAGAGCUUGUUCUAACGAUGGGUAAUUACAUGAACAAGGGAAAUAUGAGGAUAGGAUCAGCCGCUGCAUUCAAGAUUGAGUAUUUGAACAAGCUCAGUAACACCAAAACUUCAGAUAACAAAUCCACUUUGCUGCACUUUUUGGUUCAGUCCAUCGAGUCUAAGUGCCCUGAAGUGUUAAACAUCAAAGAAGAACUCGACACAGUGCCUACAGCGGCUAAAGUUUCGGGGCAAAUGGUGGCUUGUGAAGUGGAAGAGUUGGCUGAAGGAAUGAAGGAGCUUAAGUCAGACCUCGGAGCUUUCCGGUCACUGAAGUCACAGGAUCCAAAUGAUAAGUUUUCACUUGCGGUAAAGAACAUUAUAGACGAAACAGAAGGAGAAUUAAUUGAUCUGCUUAGCUUGCAAGAAAAUUGCACCAAAGAAUUCCGAGAAACAGUGAAGUUCUUUGGAGAAAAACCAACUUCAGCUACUACAGAAGAUUUCUUUGGUAUUUUUGCAGCGUUUAUUAUGAAUUUCACGAGAGCACAUGCAGAAAACGUAUCGAGACAGAAGCAGAAGGAAGAACAAGCCAAAAGGGAGAAGCAAAGAGAAGAACGCACAAAACAGCUAAAAAGUUUCAAAGAGCGAAGUAUGAGUGAUCCUGAUUUUGAACCUAAGGAUGAACUUCAAGAAAGUUUCAAGAAACGCCGUAUAAGCAGUGAACAAAGUAAUGACAGUGUAUUUGGUUCGCCUUCUUCACCUCGAGUGGCAUCGUCAAACUCGCCCUCUUCCCCUCGCGUAGCAUUGCCUAACUCGCCUUCUUCCCCUCAAGUAGCAUCGCCUGACCCGCCUCCUUCCCCUCGAGUAGCAUCGUCUGAUUUGCCCUCUACCCCUCGCCUAGCAUCGCCUAACUCGCCUUCUUCUCCUCGCGUUGCAUUACCUAACUCAGUCGUGAAGCCUGUGGAUACGCAACCGGGUGAAGAACCUCUUUGGACGGUGGUGGAUGUUAGUACAUCACUUCCCAACAAAGAAGCUCCAAAGGUUGUUUUAGAGCCUGCAAAAGCGCCGAUGGUCACUAAACCGAAACCUGCACCUCCCCCCAAGAUAAAGCCAAAGUCGCCGCAGUCGAACGCACCCCAAAGCCCUGUAAAAACAUCGGCUCCAAGACCAAGUAAACCCGAGCCACAUAAAUCUGUUUCAAAACCGGUGAAACCGGUUCCACUAAAACCUGUUAACUAUGCUGGAAAAAUUAAAGAAGGCGGAGCUGACGAAAAUGUUAGUAAAGUGGAACUAAAGAAGCUCGAGAUAGAGAGGAAUGACGGUAACGAUUCAAAAACAAGUAUUUCACCUAGUAUGGGAGUGAAAAGUAUGCUAUCGGUAUUUGAAGGCUCUGGACGGGAAAUGCCAAGUUACGCCAAACCCGAUAUGACUCAGAAAAAGCCCAAGUCUUUCUUCAUCAACAAGGGGAAAACUCCUAGUGCUCCUAUUGUAAAUGACAAUCCAAUCGAAGAAGAAAUCCACUCUAAUGAAUCUCCACCUAUUCCUGAUCGUAAUUAUUCUGAGGAAGAUAUAUCGCUAGCUACUAAGUCACCGCCCAUGUCUCCACCUUCACCGGAACGCGACGGUUCCACUCAAUCUUCACCCGAACUUGAUGGUUUUAACUCGUCGAAAUUCGACAUGACUCUUGACGAAAGCACUCCGGAAGUUGUCGAGAAUCCUUACGAAGUCGUUGAACCUCGAACUGUAAAACCUUUGGUCCCAUCUGCUCAGGAGAACCCUUCACCUCCGCCACCGCCGCCCCAUAAUCGCAAAGUAAGCAGGAAAGAUAUGCCCCCAGCACCUCCCAGUCGUUACAAGGACAGGCGCCCAUCGCCACCUUCACGUGAUGCCAGUCUGCCUAAAGUGGAUCCGGAUUAUGCAGAAGUUGGAGAACUCCGUCGCAAUGAAAGUCCAUAUUCCGAAGUUGUGGAUAGGUCUUCGACGCCCGAAGUGGAGGCGUACUUCACUAGGGAUGUCGUUGCUGACUUCGUGACCCAAAUGAACGAUGCAAAACGUCAGGCUCCUCCCAAACCACUUCCUUACAAAACGAAAGACGUCGUGGCAGUUGAAACAAAGGUCAGGGCACCACCGCCUAAACCUGCUCCCUUCCGACCGAAAAGUAUUCAAGAUAGUUUUCCGAAUAGCAUUGUCACGUCGCAAGAAGAAAGGCUCCAAUCGCCAGAGACUCCGUUUUCCCCCAAGUUCCCUGUCGUUGUGCCUGGUUCGCCCACGCUUUCGUCUGCUAAACUUCUCAAUUCUUCGUCACCUCCACUAAACAGGCCGCCGCCACAAUUUAAGCCACCGCCUCCUCCAAGGGUAUCUUCUAUAGCUGGCACUGUUAACGAUGACGUCAUCAAAGCAUCGACUUCAGUGAUUGAAGCUCGCAAUCUGUAUUCUGGCGUGGAAGUUAAUGGUGGGUUUGACAAAAAUGAAAUCCCUACUCGAGAUAUAAACGGUACGUUACAGUCCAAGCCAGCAUUGCCUUCAAAACCUCUUGUCGGCCCCAAACCAUUCCAGGCAAAAGUGGACAUUGGACCGCCAAACUUUAAACCUCCGCCGCCUUUAUUGUCGUCAUCUCUCUUCACUAGAGCUAAUGGAAUCACAUCUGACUCGAUCACGUCCGACCGUGAAACAACUGGAGCUCAGAACGGUACAGAUAGCUUCAACAUAGUGGCUCCUCCCCCGAUGGAUUACUUGUAUGGCAGGUCUGAACGAUCUGCUUCAAGAACAAGCCUGGAUUCCUUGGAUUUGAAAAUCGUCCCUCCGCCACCGAUGCAUUUCAAAGAAUUUGACAAUAACAACGAUACAGAAACUGUAAACUUAGACUUGAAUCUGCAAGCUUUGUUUCCGCCGUCGGGCUGGGAAGAAACAACUGACAAUAACAACAUAAACGGUUCGUCUAACUCAAGGAAGGCACGCAAAGGGUUCAAGAGAGGAUCUCAGAAAAGCAACGAUUUGGCGGAUUUUGAUCUUGAAAUUGUUCCCCCUCCCCCGCCGACUUUGCCACCCCCAACACUACCCAUCUCAAGUCAGGCUGACUAUGAUUUAGAAUUGAUGCCUUCAACUCUGUCUUACGAACCAGGGGAGUUGAAUAUCGACGAUAUCCUAGGAGACUUUGAACAAAACCUGUCAAUUCAGCCAGACUAUGAAGAUUCUUUACCUCCAUCUCCCCAGUCACCUGUAGAGCGUUACAUGGGAGUGCCCCCUCCCCCAGGGGAUGGACUUAUCAAGCCUCUAGUACCCCCGCUUAGGAAAGAAAGAUAACAAAAGUAGGUGACAGAACUAUAUGGUAUGGUCCAACUUCAUGUCACGUCGAAGUUGUUCUCCUUGAGACGUCCAUGUAACAUUUUACUUAAUUAGCCCCGUUAUUUGAUUAAGAGAGAUUAAGAGUGACGUAAUAAUAUAUAAAUAUUUUCAUUUGAUACAAAGCAAGCGCGAUACCGUAGUUGUAUGCGUAUUUAUAUGAUGGGAAAAGAUAUGCCGCUCUCUCUUUGGCGAGAGAUUGAUCAAUAUCUUAGACCAUUGCUAGAGAUAUAUCUUUUUUAAUUGUAUGAAAAGUGUGAAGAGUGAUCAAACCAAAAAGCUAGGCACGUGUUAUUUAGGGCCUUAGUAUUGAUUGAGCCCAUAAUCUUGGUUGCACUAAAUAUACAUAUUUAGACCCGAUGCUGCGCUUAAUUAGUCUGUAAAAUUGACGUUUUCGUCCGUCGCGGCUUAAUUUUUGUAAAUAAUCUAGGCAGUAGUGAUAAAAGGCUGAAAACCCCAAAACUGUUCUUUUACAUUACAGCAAGUGUGAAAUUUACCCCAGAUAUUAAAAUUCUACUAGAAAUUGAUACAAUCUUUUGUCUAACGAAUGUUACAGAUUUUAAA